GAGAACGGGUUGACAUUCCUGAGCUCUGCUCAAAUUUCCUAAAAUCUCAGUCCUCCUUUAACUGCGAGCCAGACUGCUGUUCUCUGUCCUCUUCAAAACUGCAGCCUUCCAAAAUGAUGUUUAAAAGUAUCCCUGUAAUUAUUCUGCUUGCCAUCGCCUGCGCGCAUGCUGAGCAGGAGAUGAAGAGCAAGUCCAGGAUUUGUGCCAAUGUGUUCUGCGGUGCUGGAAGGGAGUGUGCGAUGACAGAGAAGGGGGAGCCCACCUGCCUCUGCAUUGAGCAAUGUAAACCCCACAAGAGACCUGUGUGUGGCAGCAAUGGGAAGACCUACCGUAACCACUGUGAGCUGCACCGUGAUGCCUGCCUUACAGGCCUAAAGAUCCAGGUCUCCCAUGAUGGACACUGUGAAGAGAAGAAAACUGACAAGGCAGCAGCAAGCCCAAUUGUGUGUUACCUGGCCGAUCGUAAUGAGCUGCGUAGCCGUGUCAUUGAGUGGCUGGAGACUGAAGUUGUCCCCGACGGCUGGUUCUCCAAGGGCUCCAACUACACUGAAAUUCUGCACAGAUACUUCAAGAACUACGACAAUGGGGACUCCCAUUUGGAUUCAAACGAGUUCCUGAAGUUCAUUCAGCACAACGAGUCAACUGUUAACAUCACCAACUACAUGGAUGAGGAGAACAACAGGCUUCUCAGGAGCCUAUGUGUUGAUGCCCUGAUUGAACUCUCUGACGAGAAUGCCGACUGGAAAUUGAGCUUUAAUGAGUUCCUCAACUGCCUGAAGCCAGGGUUUAACCCCACUGAGAAGAAGUGUGCCCUUGAGGACGAGACCUACGAAGAUGGAGCGGAGACUCAAGUGGAGUGUAAUCGCUGUGUCUGUGCCUGUGGAAACUGGGUGUGCACUGCCAUGACCUGCGAUGCUAAGGAUAAGAAGGAAGCUCCCGAGGAGGACACAGACCUGACUGAACAGGAGGAGAUGACUGAGGAAGAGUGGACCCGACGUGUGGAGGAGCUCAACAAGCACCAGGAAACGGUCGAGAAGUCCAAGAGAGUCAACACCAAAGAGAUCUAAGUAUGAAGAAGUUGAAAGAGGAACACAGGAGCAUCAUCCAUCAUCCCAUCCUCUUGUAAAGAAGAGCGAGCGAAUGCUUACCUUUUCCGCUGUAGUUGAAAGAAAAACAUUUUUGUUGUUUGUUUUUGUAUUUUUUUUUUUUUUAAUAUAUAAAUGGGGUAGUAAUCCAUGUGUGUUUUAUGUAAAGCACAGUAAUCAAUGUAUCACUGCGAAGCUUUGUGAGUAUAUUAAGAACUGCAGGAUACAGAUUGUCAAAAGAAGUUGCUGUAGGUUAAAUCUUCUGAAGGGGGAAAAAAGAGGAGUAGCUGCAAAGUGAAAAUACCAUCUGAGGUACCUCUCCUGCUUUGCAUGAACUGGUAUAUAUGUGCCAUGGCACCAAUGGCUUAACUGUUAACAAAAGGCAGAUGUAUAGAAGGAAGAGGUGUUGUUAUCAUCUUACUCUACGGUUCCAUUAUAGAUGGUUACAUGCAUGAAAUCUUGUAAUAAAAUAUAUUUUAACAGUCUCAUAAAGUGCCAUAGCAAAAAUAUAUUGUAACAGUGUUAAUAUCUCUAAUCAUAAUCUGUAAAAGUUAACUACUUCAUAGAUUAUGCUAUAUAUAACCACUUACAACAGAUACCAAAGCUGUGUUAAAAAAAAAAAAGAUAGUACAGUACACUCGUUUUGUGACUAAGCUUUUGGUGUAGUUAAGAGUAUCAAAAUUUAGUUGAUUUUUUCCCCCAUGCACAUUUUUUAACUUAUUUUUUCUGUAAUGCUCAUUUGAAACAGGCACAGGUUUAGUGUAUGUCAUUAUAGGUCCAUAUAAUAUUACAAAUAGUACACAUGAAAAUGUAUUAAAAUAGUCUUUGGGAUGCUUUAUUUUAAGUGGGCAUUUCAUAAGGAAGACAGGAUUACAUAUCCAGCAUCUAACAAAUGUAUAUGCAGAAAUAUAUGAAUGUAUAUGUUAAAAAUAUAUAAAUGGGGUAGUAAUCCAUGUGUUUUAUGUAAAGCACAAUAAUAAAUGUAUCACAUUGUUUUUUUUUUUUUUACAUUUUGUUUUUGUCUCUUGAACAAGAAUUACUUCAUGGUGUAUUCUUUAAAAUGUUGUUGCUAAUGUUACAAGUACCAUACUGUAUACAGUUGUGAUCAUGGUUUUAAUAGCAGUUCAUGCAAAGAAUUAUUGGAACUGUCACCAACAAGUCUUUCCCAGUGUACAUGGCUCUCAUUUGACACUUCACAAAGGUGCUAUAUUUUUAUUUGUAUGUUGCAUUUUGCGUAGCUUUUUUAUAUAGCUUUAGUCUUUUUUUAUUUAAAUUUGAUUGUAUCUUGGAGGGCAAUCUAAAAAUAUACCGAAAAAGCAUGUUUUACCCGUGGUGGGUGUUGUCUUGCUUUGUUUCAAUUAUGUACACACUUUUAGUUAACAAGUCCCAUUCUUUGGUUUGAUUUCAAGUUAGCAUUAUAUGGUGUUCAUUUAUAAAUCACCUAGCAGGCAUAACAGAGCGUUAUAUUUUCUGUUUUAGCCUUUUCUUGUUCUUUUAAUGCAUGUCAUAGGUAGGCAGUUUUCAGCAUAUGAGGUGUCUACAGUAGUGUGUGAAAAUACAUUUUUGAUGGUGCUAUUUGACCUGUUGUCUGUAACUGCAGUUAAAUGAAUGUUCAAAACUUAUGCGGCUCUGAUUUAGCAGAAGUAAAAGCAAGUGUGCAUUGCUAGAAUUGAAACAGAAGCUUGUAACAACACAGGAUAGAGUUUUUACCAGCUAUGAGACAUAGGUUUACAUGCACUGGCAAUUUACCAUACAAAACAAAAACGAUGGGUUAAAUGCAAGUAAGAGGUUUAUGUUGGUGGACAACCAUGACUACUGACAGUUGAUUGAUCUGGUAGGUUAGAAGAAUAUGGGAAACUAUAUGUUCAUUUUUCGUUACGACUAGUUGGCACAUUUUAAACAAAUCUCACCUUGAAAACUAACUGCUCAGGUUGGAACCAAAACCUGAUGUGUGAUUCGUUAGCUGGUGUUACUGUAUUAUUCCAGGCAUUUCAUUACUCUGGACCCAGCAACAACGAUAUACCUGUUUUACAAGAACUAAUAUCAAUGGACAUUAGCCUCAAUGUCAGCUACAUGGCAUUCAUUAUUUUAACAGUUUUGUUUUU